AUGGCUUCAUUUGACGACUACGACGAGUUCGGAAACUACAUCGGCGCUGACCUCGACUCGGACGAUGAGGAGGAGCCGCAAAACCAGUUUCUGCAGCAGGAGACAGUAUCGGGAGGUGCUGCGCCAUUAGAAGGAUUUGACGAUGAGCGAAUGCAGGAAGCAGAUGAGGACGUGACUAUGGAGGUCGACGAACCUCCAACGCAUAACGCGGUUAUAUUGCACGAGGAUAAGCAAUACUAUCCGAAAGCCUCAGAAGUGUAUGGAGAAGGAGUUGAGACGUUAGUGCAGGAAGAAGAUGCCCAGCCUCUGUCCGAGCCCAUCGUCGCUCCUGUGAAGGUGCGGAAAUGGAAUGUGGAGGAGAAGGACAUGCCCGAGACGCGUUUCGACAAGGGAUUCUUGCUGAACAUGACAGCGUUCCCUGACAUGGUUCGCAAUGUCGCUGUCGUUGGUCAUCUCCACCACGGAAAGACGUCUUUGAUGGAUAUGUUGGUCUUCGAGACCCAUAAAAUGACCUGGGAUGCGGACAAGCCGCUGCGAUACACCGACACACACGUCCUCUCUCGAGAACGAGAAAUCUCCAUCAAAUCGUCACCCAUGUCCCUUAUCCUCACCGACACACCAGGAAAAUCCCACCUCAUCCACUUUAUCGACACUCCUGGUCAUGUCAACUUUGCCGAUGAGGUUGCCACAGCCGUUCGUUUGGCCGACGGUAUCGUGUUGGUUGUGGACGUCGUUGAAGGGCUUAUGGUCGGCACAGAAAUGAUCCUCCGACACGCCAUCCAAGAAGGCGUCAAAAUCACCCUUGUCGUGAACAAGAUUGACCGCCUUAUCCUCGAACUCCGAAUCAAACCCACCGAUGCGUACUACAAGAUCAAACACACCAUUGAAGAAAUCAACACAUUCAUCAGUGGUAUUGACCCUGACCCAGAGUUGCGUCUGAGCCCUGAGCGAGGCAAUGUCGCCUUCGCCAGCACGGAUAUGGCCUACUGCUUCACCCUCUACUCGUUCGCUAAAAUGUAUGCCGACAGCUACGGUGGCUUCGACGCCAAAGCAUUUGCUGAUCGACUUUGGGGUGACAUCUACUCCUACAAGGACAAGGGCAAACUCCGCUUCACUCGCAAAGCCGAAGACCCAGAAGCCGAGCGGACAUUCGUGCAAUUCAUCUUGAACCCUGUGUACAAGAUCUACAGCCAUGUCCUGAGUGAGGAGGCCGACGAAUUGAAGGAGACUUUGCGAAGCGUUGGGAUCACCUUGAAACCUGUGCUUUACAAGAUGGACGUUCGACCGUUGUUGAAGGUUGUACUUGAUCAAUUCUUUGGUCCUGCCACCGGUUUGGUGGAUAUGAUUGUGAAGCAUGUCCCGUCUCCUGUUGCUGGUGCCGCCGACAAAGUGGAAUCCACUUAUACUGGCCCUCAAACUUCGGAAGUGGCGCUCGCGAUGAAGGCUUGUGAUCCGGAAGGCCCUGUGAUGGUGCAAGUCGCCAAGCUCUACCACACGACCGAUGCGCAGUCUUUCCGCGCGUAUGGACGUGUCUUGAGUGGAACGCUGCGCAAAGGACAGCCUAUCAAGGUGUUGGGAGAGGGCUAUUCGCCGGAGGACGAGGAGGACAUGAUGAAGGCCACCGUGGAGGAUCUUUGGAUAUGCGAAUCCAGAUAUUUCAUUCCUGCAGAGGAGAUUCCAGCUGGGAACCUCGUCCUUAUUGGCGGCGUGGACGCUUCAAUAACCAAGACUGCAACAUUAGCCGGUGUCGACAUUGAAGACGACCUUUACAUUUUCCGACCAAUCAAACAUAUGACCCAGUCCGUCUUGAAGAUCGCUAUUGAACCCAUUGCACCCUCCGAACUGCCCAAAAUGCUUGCUGGUCUACGGAGUAUCAACAAGUCCUACCCUCUCGUGUCCACCAAGGUGGAAGAGAGUGGUGAGCACGUCCUUAUUGGUACUGGCGAGCUUUAUCUGGAUUGCGUCAUGCACGACUUGCGCAAGCUCUUCUCCGAGAUCGAGAUCAAGGUGUCGGACCCCGUUACCAAGUUCUGCGAGACCGUUCUCGAGACCAGCGCCUUGAAAUGUUAUGCCGACACGCCCAACAAGAAGAAUCGAAUUACGAUGAUUGCGGAACCUUUAGAGCGAGGUAUUGCCGAGGACAUUGAACGAGGACGUGUCAAUAUGCGCAUGACGGCUAAGGAGCGCGGGAAGUUCUUCGAAGAGAAAUACCAGUGGGAUUUGCUUGCUUCGCGGUCAAUAUGGGCAUUUGGUCCUGAUGAUAGCGGGCCGAAUAUUCUCCUAGAUGACACACUACCCUCGCAGGUCGACAAGAAGCUGCUGGGUACGGUGAAGGAGCAUAUCAAGCAGGGAUUCCAAUGGGGAGCACGAGAAGGACCGCUUUGUGAUGAGCCUAUGCGCAAUGUCAAGUUCAGGCUUCUCGACACCACUCUCGCUGCAGAACCCAUUUUCCGAGGUGGAGGACAAAUCGUACCCACGGCUCGUCGCGUGUGCUAUUCUUCCUUCCUUAUGGCUACCCCCCGGUUGCUUGAACCCGUGUAUUACGUUGAAGUGCAAGCGCCUGCGGAUUGCAUCUCUGCGGUCUACACCGUUCUCGCUCGGCGUCGUGGACACGUAACGCAGGAUAUCCCCAAAGCGGGUUCGCCACUGUACACAGUGAAAGCCCUCAUCCCGGUCAUUGAUGCCAACGGAUUUGAGACGGACUUGCGAACCGCGACCCAAGGACAAGCAUUCUGCUUGCAGGUGUUUGACCAUUGGUCCAUCGUCCCAGGUGAUCCCACGGACACGACGAUCAAGCUUCGACCUCUCGAGCCGGCUUCUGGUCAGGCUCUGGCACGGGACCUGGUGCUUAAAACUCGGAGGCGCAAGGGCCUGGGAGACCAGAUUGCCGUGUCCAAGUAUCUGGACGAUGAGUUUGUGUUGGCCCUGUCGGCGUCUGGACAUGCUGAUUUACUGGGGUAG